AUGGCACCAUCAAAAGCUUCAACUCUUUCUCUGUUCACAAUCACUACCCUGCUCCUCCUUCUUCUCCUCCCUCUCCUCUCCCAUGCAGCAUCAUCAUUUAAGUAUCUUAACCAGGUUAAGGGGUGUCGCAAGGGUGACAAUGUCCAAGGCAUCCUAGACGUCAAAAAACACCUUGAAAAAUUUGGUUACUUGAGUGGCCAUUCCCAGAAUGAUGAUUUUGACGACCAAUUGGAAUUGGCCAUCAAAACUUACCAAAUCAAUUACAACCUCGAGGCCACCGGAAGGUUGGAUGUCAAAACUGUGUCACACAUGAUGAUACCACGUUGUGGUGUGCCAGAUAUCAUCAAUGGUAUCACCUCCAUGAUAUCAAGAAAGAUACAGCACCACGAGGGGCUCACAGUUUCUCAAUAUUCUUUCUUCUCAGGAAACCCAAAAUGGCCUUCCUCUAAGUAUCGCUUGACCUAUGCUUUUCUUCAGGGCACCCCAAAUCAGGCCAAAGAUCCAGUUAAACGUGCUUUUCAAUCAUGGGCCAAUAACACACAGUUUACGUUCAGUCAGGUCGAAGCAUACGAGACACCAGAUCUGACGAUCAGUUUUCAGAGGCUCGAUCAUGGAGAUGGGUAUCCGUUUGAUGGCCGAGAUGGGAGAUUUCACUACGACGCUGAUGAGAUGUGGGUUGUGGGUUCUGUGAAUGGUGGCAUGGACUUGCAGAGUAUUGCUGUGCAUGAAAUAGGGCACCUUCUUGGGCUUAAUCAUAGCUUUGUUGAAGAGGCUAUUAUGUACCCCUUUCUCAACACUGCAACGGUCAAGCGGAAUUUGAAGCCCGACGAUAUUCAAGGAAUUAAAAACUUAUACAACAUUAAAUGA